GACCACGGACACCCGCCGGCGGCGGACACACGGACGCGGAGACCUGAGCUCGGCGCGCGCUUCUCGGCUCACAAGCUCCCCAUCCCCAGGCGGCGCGGGGCUCUUACUCGCUGCUGUGCGCCUUGCUCGCGGAGUCUGCCCCGGGCCGACCCGCAGCCCCGCAGCCCCACGGCGAGGCCAGACUGUGAGCAGGUAAGGGCCGCCCAGGCGCCCCUGCCCCUCCACGGCGUGCCCGCCCUCCCCCGAUCGGGAACCUUUGGCCCCCGGGGACCGCGGACCCCUUCUUCCAGCUCCGUGAUCCACCCCCCCCUCAAAAGCCUCGUCCUCCACCGUCGGAUAGCGGGCCAGGGCCAACGCCGACCAGCCUCCCGAUUCCGAAACGAAGCCCCCUCCUCCUGCUGCUCCCUUCCUGCGCGACGGUCUGACAGCCACCCCCGCCCCCCUUAUCUGGAAUAGUACUUGGGGCAACCGAUCCCUGCAGCCCCCAAAGGGCUACCUCCAGCCCCUCCCCGUGCCCGAGGGAGGACCAGAGGCGGGGAAGGCACUGCGGCCGGAGGGACCCAGAAGGACCUGUCUCUCUACUCCCAAGGCAGAUGGACUCGCCUACGCGGAUCGGGAAGGCGCAGAGGGACUGGGGUCUUGCUGCCCGGGCUUCUGAGGUCUUGCGGAAAACGCCCUAAGGGGGCUGUUGGGAAGAAAGCACCGGCGUUCCAGGGUGCUGUGUGCCAGCCCAAGACCCCUGCCGACAGCCUUAAAGGCACAGGCUCCUGCUGCAGCUGCAGGACGCGGGGAGCCACAUCCUGGGCGGGACACUGGCGGUUUGAGCCUGGAGACACCUUGGGGCUGACUGGCAUUACUCUGAGUGGGAGGCGAGCAGUGCUGGCCUGAGCCUCCUUCUAGAUUGAGAAGCGUCAUGGCCAGCAUCCUGCAGGCUUCUCUGGCUGCCUUCCUCCUGCUGCCUAUGGUCACUGCCGUGCACUCUGACUGCAUCUUCAAGAAGGAGCAAGCCAUGUGCCUGGAGAAGAUCCAGAGGGUGAAUGACCUGAUGGGCUUGAAUGACUCCUCCCCAGGCUGCCCCGGGAUGUGGGACAACCUCACGUGUUGGAAGCCUGCCCGCGUGGGUGAGAUGGUCCUUGUCAGCUGCCCUGAACUCUUCCGAAUCUUCAACCCGGACCAAGUGUGGGAGAUGGAAUCCAUUGGAGAGUUUGAUUUCCCUGACAGUAACUCCUUGGAUCUCUCAGACAUGAGGGUGGUGAGCCGGAACUGCACUGAGGAUGGAUGGUCGGAGCCAUUCCCUCAUUAUGUAGAUGCUUGUGGGUUUGAUGAAUACGAGUCUGAGACCGGGGACCAGGAUUAUUACUAUCUGUCAGUCAAGGCUCUGUACACAGUUGGCUACAGCACAUCCCUUGUCACCCUCACCACGGCCAUGGUCAUCCUGUGUCGUUUCCGGAAGCUACACUGCACCCGCAAUUUCAUCCACAUGAACCUGUUUGUGUCCUUCAUGCUGAGGGCCAUCUCUGUCUUCAUCAAAGACUGGAUCCUCUACGCAGAACAGGACAGCAACCACUGCUUCACCUCCACCGUGGAAUGCAAGGCCAUAAUGGUUUUCUUCCACUACUGUGUCGUGUCCAACUACUUCUGGCUGUUCAUUGAGGGCCUAUACCUCUUCACCCUGCUGGUGGAGACCUUCUUCCCUGAGAGGAGAUACUUCUACUGGUACACCAUCAUAGGCUGGGGGACCCCAACUGUGUGUGUGUCUGUGUGGGCUGUGCUGAGGUUCUACCUCGAUAACACAGGCUGCUGGGAUAUGAAUGACAACACAGCUCUGUGGUGGGUGAUCAAAGGCCCUGUGGUUGGUUCCAUAAUGGUUAACUUUGUGCUCUUCAUUGGCAUCAUUGUCAUCCUCGUGCAGAAACUCCAGUCUCCAGACAUGGGUGGCAAUGAGUCCAGCAUCUACUUCAGCUGCGUGCAGAAAUGCUACUGCAAGCCACAGCGGGCUCAGCAGCAUCCUUGCAAGAUGUCAGAACUGUCCACCAUAACUCUACGGCUAGCCCGGUCCACCCUGCUGCUCAUCCCGCUAUUUGGAAUCCACUACACGGUAUUCGCCUUCUCCCCGGAGAAUGUCAGCAAGAGGGAGAGGCUUGUGUUUGAGCUGGGACUGGGCUCCUUCCAGGGCUUUGUGGUGGCUGUUCUCUACUGUUUUCUGAAUGGGGAGGUGCAGGCGGAGAUCAAGCGCAAGUGGCGGAGCUGGAAGGUGAACCGCUACUUUGCCGUGGACUUCAAACACCGGCACCCGUCCCUGGCCAGCAGCGGGGUGAACGGGGGCACCCAGCUCUCCAUCCUGAGCAAGAGCAGCUCCCAGAUCCGCAUGUCCGGCCUCCCAGCCGACAACCUGGCCACCUGAGCCCGCGCUCCCCUCCUCCUUCCUCCACACGCAGGCUGGGGCUGUGGGCAGGCGCCAGCCCAUGCAUGUUGCGCUUCUUCUCUCACUUCGGGCAGGCCUGAGGCUGGAGGCUGGGCUCCCUGAGGUGGGAGAAGGAGGCAGGGCGCAGAUGGGUUAUUUCCUCUCCCUGUUUGGCGCUGGCCUCACCCACCCGGGCCCCUGGGCCCUGAUCCAGACAUGUAAAUACUCCACAAAUUUUGAAAAGUGGUCUCAUUCCCUACCCCUUCACCCACUGUCCCUGCUCACCUCAAGCAAGUCCUCAGCUUUACCCUGCCCUGUUUCCACCAGCCUCAGUGAUCUUGACCCUGUCAGUGAGCCCUGACGACCUUGCUUUGGGGGGUUGGGGUGUACCUAUCCAACAGCCUCCCCCCCUCCCCCAGUGUCUGACUUUCAGCGUGGACUCCUGGAGUCUUCUUGCCACCUGAGGCCCUUCUCAGGCCUAGCCCAGUGUCUGAGGCCUGCCAGAGGUCCAGCUUGGGCUCCCAGAGCAUCCUUUAGUGCAGGUGAGACCUGAGCCGAGACUCCUUGAUACUCCUCACCCAGCCUCUUGGUGUCCAGGUGCCCAGCUUCUGGGUACAAGGGCAAUGGGAUAGCUUGAGGGUUCUUCCAUUCAGAGACUUCAUUUUGGGUGUGGGGCUAACAGUCCCGGAAUGUCCUGGUGCUCUUCAUUUGGUAGAAGAAAAAUUGCCAAGAGCCAGAAAUGUGGAUGUGAUUGGAAAGGAGAUGGAAAGAGUUUGGGGUUCCCAUGGAAGAAGACCUUCACUGACUCCAUUAUUUUACCCCCAACUCAAGGUGAGAAGGGGUUCACUGUUGGCCUCCCUUCUGCCUCUUCGAUUCCCAGGCAUCAGUUGCGGACAGUGAGAGACUGAUGCCUCAGAGAGACUGCUCCCCACCUAUGCCUAAGCCUUCCCCCUCCUCAUUUCUCCUUAAGUCAAAGCCAUGGUUAGGAUUAACCAGCCGCCUUUCUAUGAUGUCAAUGAAUCCUGAAACACCCUACACCUCCGUGCCCAACUUCAGGGCCUAGGUUUCCACUCCACCCACAUGGACGAUGGGCACCCCAGCCACCAGCUCCUUGGGCUUGGGCUCAGCUACUGAAAUAUCUCUGAGACCAUUGCAAAGACUUCCUUCUGUGUAUUGACAUUGAAUCAUACAGAUGCUAGAGUGUCCUAGAGUGUUGGAAGGGGAAGCCACACCCAUCAUGCCUGUUAGCAGGAGCUGCAAAUGGGAGUGAUGGCAGCUCCCUGAUGCCUGAAUGGUUCUCCAGAUGCAAGUUGCAUGGCCACAGUCUAGGAAUCCAAGAUGGGGUGGAACCAGGUUGGGGGAUGAUGGACGGAAGUGCUAGAGUGCCAUGGCCCAUGUGGGGGUCCCAUUUCAUUCCAUGUCAGCUUUGGGUGGUGUUCCUGUCCAAGUGUGUUUGUGGACUUGUUUCAUGAUCAUGUUCUGGAAUGCUUGGGGAAUUUGGGUGGAGGGGGAAUGCUGCUUUGCUUGCUUUUGUAAAGAGGAAGAUGCCUGGGGAGCUUGGGGGUCUGUUUUUGGAGAGAUCUUCAAGGUGAUUGGAGAAGGAUUUAGUUGAUUUGUUUAGAGACAAGCCCUGUGUCUAUGGCCAGUGAAGCACUGUGGGCCCCUGGGUCUUUGGCAAACCUAGAAUCUGCCCUGGUCCGGCGCAGACUACCGAGACUGUGGACAGCUCCCUGUUCUGCGUCUCAGUUUCUCCAUUUGUGAGAUGCAGGGAUUUCUAAAGGUUCUCUAGGCUCUGUACUUCAGUAGUUCUCCAAUUCAAAACCAAGCAGAUAAAAGGGCAUGCAUCACUGUUAUGUAGACCAUCUAAGGUUUUGAAGUGUACGUGUUUGUGUAUAUGUGAAGGGAGGGGACGAUGCUGUUUAUUUUCUCUUUCUUAGAAAGGAAACAUCUGUCUCUUCCAUAGUGUAAGCUGGUGGGCGGGAGGGAAGAUCAUGCCAGGGACAUUGGACAGGUGCCUUGGGUGUGACGCGCAGACCCAGCCACGUGCCUAGCCAGGGCAGGGCGCCACGAUUGCUUGGACAGUAGCCACCCCCAGAUCCUAGGAGCAGUCCCUUGACUGGACCGCAUUUCUUCAUCCUUGUCCCCACCAGCAGAUCUGCUUCACUGUGGAAAAAGAAACUUUGAUUAUAUAUAUAUAUAUAUACACAUAUGUAUCUCAUCACAAAACAGCAAAAACAUCAUCAGCCCUGAAUUCCAUGUGCUGUGUUGCCACCUGAGCCCUGGGUUGCAUCCUUGUAGAGGUUCCAGCUUCCCCGUUGGUCUGUUGGUUUGUUUUUCUGUCUAAAUGAGUUAUUGCUAGUCUUGUGAACAGAUGUACCCAAUGUAUUUUGAAUGUUCCAGGAGGUUAGGCAGCUGGCUUUUAAGGCCACAGGCAGUGGGGGAGAAGCAUAAGGUUUGGGUAAAACCCCUCCCUCUCUGAGUCUUUGUUUUCAAAUCUGUAAAACGGGCAGUAAGACUAGAUGAUUUGUAUAGCCCGUUGCAUCUCUGGAAUUCUCUGUCUACACACCAGCCAUCUUAUUACCGGGAAUGGGCCCCAGGCAGGGGUUGUGGUAUUUGCUUGACUAGAAAGGAUAAGAAAUGGUGUGGAGCCAGGAGGGAUUGGAGGGCCUUGGGAAUGGUUAGGCUGGAGAGCAGAGAGGUACCCAACUCCUUGACUCUAGAAGAUCAUUACCAGGAAGGGUUUUUGUUUGUUUGUUUUAUGCAAUCUUAAAGGGCGACCGUCACCCCUGGGAAGCUGAAUUCUCCUUGGAAUGAAGUGAUUUUUCAACUUCUUUCAUGAAUGUCCCACCAUGGGAAAAGCCAUGUUAGGAGAGAGUCUCCAGCCCUGUGGGGGGGGGGGGGGAAUGGGACUUCAAGUCAGAGAUGCUGAGGCUUUCAGAGAGGGGAGAGUGUGCGAUUUGGAGGUGGAGGUGGGGUGGGGACGGGAUCAGUGGCUUUUUGGUGGUACCCAGCCCUGUGGGCUUCUUAACCCCUUUUAUACCUGAGGCUGACUACUUUUUUUGUCUCAUUGGGUAGCUCUGUGGUAUAUCCUCAACAUAUUCAGUGGCCUACAGUGCUUCCUUCUCUGACCCUUACCCCUCCCCAAACCAGCUUCUCCAGGGAACAGGGCCAGGCAGCGAGAGCUGGGCCCAAGGCUUGAAGUACAACAUCAUCACUCACCGAGUGUGUGCACUCAAGUCCUUCAUCUGACCCUUUCCCUUCCUGGAAGGAAAGCUAGAAGAGGCUUUCUUUGUGAUUUUGUGAGUACCCUUGACCCCCCCCCCCCAGGCAACUCCAAAGUGAAAGCAGUGAGUGCUUUGUCAUCAUAAAUCCCUAUUUGAGCCCAGUGACCAUGGAACCCUGCCAGAAGAGCUCUGAGCAGGGAGCGGGGAACCCAGGCUUCUCCCAGCCUUGCCACUGACCUGGCCUUGACCCUGUCUCCAUAUAUCUUUAGAGAGACUCACAGAGUGCUAGAGCUGUGAAGAAAAAUGGAGAUCUGCAGGUCAAACCUCCCCAUUGGGCUGAUGAGAAAUCACCUACGGGCAGGUCUUGCACAAUGCCUGUAUUGUGUUGGGAUCCAAUAUCCUUUACAAACCCGAAUGAGGAAAUGGGCCCACCAGUGUGUGCCCAGCCCUGCACAUGAGCCAGAAUAAAGUGUCCGUACAGAAAACAUUCAGCCUUGUGCAGGAGAGGGGCUCUGGCUACAGAAGUUGUUAGGACUCCAUAUUGCAGGAGGAACAAUGGCAUGGCGAGCGAGACCUUUGUUCUAGCUCAGGCCUUACCACCUGCUCUGUGCUCCAAGGCUUAGCCUCUUUGAGCCUCUGCUUCUUUUUUUUUUUUUUUUAACAGUUUUUCCAUCACUUUCUUUUUUUUUCUUUUUUUUUCUCAU